AUGGAUUAUAAUUUUGACGUCGCUAAUUCGCCAGAUUUCGAAUAUGAGGUGUUUCCAAGUCGGGACGGAGGCAUCUGCCUGAAGAGUAUCCAGUAUGGCAAAUAUUGGAGGCUUGACGAUAAUUCGUCAUGGGUAUUUGCAAAUGGGUAUCCCAUGGACCACCACAUCAACACUGUUUUUAUACCUACGCAACGUGACGACAAUACUAUCGCUCUUCGAAGCUUGGCAAACAAUUCUUUUUGCGCGAGACGCACGGCGGGUAGCAAAGCCAACUGCCUGGCCACUCUGUUUACCUAUGUCGACGGGUACGCUCCAAUGGUCAUUGAGGAGCCCGUUUUGUCGAGGACUAUCGAUGACGUCAUUUAUCACCUUACUGAUGCAAGGAUUUACGACGACCAUAUUCUUGCACCUUCGACUGAAGAGAGCGCCAGGAACAUAAAACCAUAUCCUGACACGGCUAAAUUGAUUCUCAAGAGUACAGAAACUCAUACUAGGGAAUGGACUGCUAGCGUCUCGUUGAAAAUCGGUCUCAAGGUGAGUAUAAGUGCCGGUGUCCCACUAGUGAUGGGAGGCAGCAUUGAGACUUCCUACGAGUUUAACAGUUCAUAUCAAUGGGGAGAAAGCAAGGAAGAGAAAACUGAAGUGGGUGCUGAGUUUACAGUUACUGUACCUCCAAUGAGUAGCGUGAAGGUGAGUCUGAUGGCAACAAGGGCUUCAUGCGACAUACCCUUCUCGUACACUCAGCGCGACGUCUUGACAAAUGGAACUGUAAAGGUCUACUAUAAGAGUGAUGGCUUAUUUAAAGGUAGCAAUUCCUACAACUACAGAUACGAGAGCGUCCAGAUCGAUCUCGAAUGA